UAGCGAGAUAUGAAAAGAGAAAGAACCGUCGAUUUUGUUGCGAUGGGUAGGGAUGAGAUAAAAUUAAGGAAGGAAUGAUGGCAAAUUUUGGUGAACAUUUUGAAGAGUGAAAGUGGAGCACAGAGAGACAAGACGACAUUGUUGUACCUACAAAUAAACCCAAACACUCUGAAAUAUACUUUUCAGUAAUUAAGUAUCCAACAAAACAUCCUCAAACGACAAAACACAGAGGAUCUCAACAGUGCGCGUUUGGUUUCUCAUUGAAUCUCUGAGAGAAUCGCGUCAAAACAGAAGAAGACGUGGCUUUCAGAUCAGAAGAAGAUCACGUAGCAGCACAUAAUUGCCUGGUAACGUGAUUAAUUCUGAUCCUGGAUACACAGUACACAUCGCCUAAGAAAUUCACCGGAAAUCAGCCAAGGUGUUAGAAUGGGAGAGGUUGAGCAAGGUGGAAGCAAUGUGGAAUUCAGAGAAUGUUGGAACAGAGCAAGAGGUUCACCAUACAUUAUGCGCCUUGCUUUAUCAGCAGGCAUUGGAGGUCUUCUAUUUGGCUAUGACACAGGUGUCAUCUCUGGAGCUCUGUUGUACAUCCGAGACUACUUUGAAGAAGUUGACAAGAAAACAUGGCUACAGGAAACGAUUGUAAGCAUGGCUGUCGCAGGAGCCAUUAUUGGUGCUGCAUUUGGAGGAUGGAUAAAUGACAAAUUUGGGAGAAAAAAGUCGAUUAUAGUAUCUGAUGUUUUGUUCUUUCUCGGUGCAAUAGUUAUGGCUUUUGCUCCAUCUCCUUUGAUCCUCAUUAUUGGGAGAAUCUUAGUUGGUUUGGGUGUUGGUAUGGCAUCCAUGACUGCACCUCUAUACAUCUCAGAAGCUUCUCCUCAUAACAUUAGAGGAUCUCUAGUCUGUGUCAAUGGUCUGCUUCUCACAGGAGGACAAUUUCUGUCUUACCUUAUCAAUUUGGCAUUCACCAAGGUACCAGGAACCUGGCGAUGGAUGCUUGGGGUGGCAGGAAUUCCUGCUGUGCUUCAGUUUGUAUUAAUGUUGUCUCUCCCUGAGUCACCCAGAUGGCUCUACCGUCAGGGGAAAGAAGAGGAGGCAAGGAACAUCCUGUUGAGAAUCUAUCGGCAAGAGGAAAUUGAAGAAGAGAUGAGAUCAAUGCAAGAGUCUGUUCAAGCUGAGAAGGAGGAACACUCGAAUGGCCAAAAGAAUUUGGCAAAAAGAUUGAAGGAUGCUUUUAGCAAUGAUGUAGUUCGAAGAGGUCUAUAUGCUGGCAUCACUGUUCAAGUUGCUCAGCAGUUUGUGGGCAUUAACACACUCAUGUAUUACAGUCCAACCAUUGUUCAGUUCGCUGGAAUUGCAUCUAACUCAACAGCUCUUGCACUUUCUCUCAUUACAUCAGGUCUCAAUACUGUUGGCACUGUCAUGAGUAUGGCAUUCAUUGAUAGAUAUGGAAGGAGAAGACUUAUGCUCAUUUCCCUGGUUGGAAUCAUUGUUUGCCUCGUCGUUUCAAGUGCUGUCUUUUUCCAGUCAGCUAAACAUGCCCCUGCAGUUAGUGACAAAGACACCCUCAGUUUUGGUGCCAACUCUACAUGCCAGCCUUAUAUAAAUGCUCCUAAAUUCCCUUCCUGGAACUGCAUGCAAUGUUUGCGUGAAGACUGUGCCUUCUGUGCCAACAGCGACAACGAAUAUCAUCCAGGUGCAUGCCUGUCUGCAGAAAAGAGUGUAAGAGGAGAGUGCAGUGCAAAGAAAAGAGUAUGGUUUUCUAAGGGAUGUCCAAGCAAAAUUGGAAUCCUAGCUGUAGCAGUGCUGGGAUUGUAUAUUCUAGCAUACGCUCCAGGAAUGGGAACAGUGCCUUGGGUUCUGAACUCAGAGAUAUACCCUUUGAGAUACAGAGGUUUAGGUGGAGGUAUAGCUGCAGUUUCCAACUGGUGUGCUAAUCUCAUUGUGAGUGAGUCAUUCUUAAGCAUGACUGAGACUCUUGGUGCAGCUGGCACAUUCCUACUUUUUGCUGGGUUCUCCGUCAUUGCAUUGAUAGCAAUCUACGCAUUAGUGCCUGAAACCAAAGGCCUUCAGUUUGAGGAGGUGGAGAAGUUGCUUCAAGAAGGCUUCAAACCCUUCCCGUUUAACAAGAAAAAGAAGGACAUCAAAGAAAAAGUUGAAGAUGAGUAGUUGCCAAGUCAGAGUAAGUUUUUUUGAUGAUAUGGAGGACAUCACUUUUAUUGUCUGUUGAAGAAAUAACUGGUGCUUCUCUUCUUGCCUCUUCAAAUAAUUAAUGAAACGGCAUUUAAUUCAUCUUGGAAUUCUCUACAAGAGUGGGUAGCUUCACUUGGCAAUUAUGCUAUUGCCUUUGUUACAUGCCUCAGAUUGUUUAACCAAAUUUUCUUUGGGAGCCCCACAACCAAGGUC